AUGAAAAUCGAUACAAAAUAUUUAGGGAUCGAUAUUCCCGAUUCUAUCUUAGAUUUUAAAAAUAUUCCCACUGCAACCAAAUACAUAACUGGAACCUAUGUAUAUUUCUCUAUUAUCCUAUAUAUUUCAAUACAUGCCAUGUAUGAUGGUGAGCCUGGAGGAAAUGUGUUCAAUCCGAUGGUCCAAUUGAUCCCUAGCCAAGUUUUGAAAUACCCAUACGCUAUCGUUACCUCGAAUUUAAUUGAUACAAAAUUAUGGAAAUUUAUUGUUACUCUAAUCAACCUCUUGAUAGGUGGUACGUUUAUCGAGAAUAAUUGGAACAGUGCUGCGGAGAUGUUUAAAUUUGUGCUAGUUGUUGGAUCUAUUACCAAUUUUAUUAAUUUAGUAGCAACUAAUUUCUUUUCGUUGAUUUUACCAAAUAUUAGUUUAGACACGCCAUUAGAUGGGAAUUAUAGCAUAAUAAUUGGGUUUGCAAUAAUUUAUAAACAAUUGUUGCCGGAGACUACGAUAAUCGAUUUCAAGUAUCCAUUUGAAAAAAAUUUCAGGUUUAAAUUAUUACCAAUUUUCAUUACUUGUUUUAUGACGAUCACUCAAUUGUUUUGGUUCCACCAUUUUGCUGAUCUUUUAUCAAUUUGGAUCAGUUUUAUGUGUUGUUGGGUUUAUUUAAGGUUUUUCCAACAAUUACCAAUGAAUAAUGGAGAUGAGGAAGGUUACGUCAAGGGUGAUGCAUCAGAUACAUUUGAACUAAUCUACUUUUUCCCAGACGUGAUCAAACCUUUCCUAAGACCUGUUUUUAACUGGAUAUAUGAUUUAGUGGUAAUCAGAUUAGAUAUCAUCACUCCAUUUGAUAUGGAAGAAAUAGAUAAAGGUAAUGAUAUUGCAAUCAAACGUGGUGCCAAGAAAAUUACAAGUUCUACAGAAGACAGACGCAGACAGUUGGCUUUACAGGUCUUACAGGAAAGAAUGUCUUUUCCAUAA